CGCACUACCUUUCAACGAAAUGUAAAUUCCCGCUCAAACAACACACAUUCACUCCCUGCUGGGUAGUACGCACAUACGCAGGCGUCUUGCACACUCUCAGCCAACUAGCCCCAACUCACCCACACUAGCGCCUUUGUCUUGGCUUGGCCACACUUGACAUCGCACGAUUCACAAUUCACAUCCCAGCUCCCAGCUCACCAGGUCGCGCGAAAUUCAAACCCCGAAAUGCUGUGGCCAUUAUUGCUCUGCGGGUCAGUCAGCCUACUCGCAAUUCUUCGCCUACUACACACAUACGGAGACCGCAAGCGGUGUGCCUGGUACGUCCAGCUGGCCGCGGUUACCAGUUGGUACCUGCCAUUCACAAUCGUAUUCAUUCUGCCAUUUGAUUUCAGCUCGACGCUCUACCGGAAAUGUGAGCAGAACUGCGACGAACCCAUGGGGUACAUCAGCAGCGAAUUCACUCGACAGCUUUGGCUAGUCCUAUACUGGUUCAUGUACACAUUGACAUGGCUCGUGUUGCCAAUAAUGAUGUCAUACGUGGACUCGGGCGCCUUUACAUUCAGGGACCGCCUGCGUGAAUCAGCGUGGAGCAACCUCCAGUUCUAUGCCAUCAGCGGUACUGUUGGCCUGGUGCUAGUCGGAUAUAUCACGCUCACCCACCGCUUCGCUGGCGCCGAUCUGGUGGCCUUUUUCAUGGCGCUGGCCAACUUCUGGGGGCUGUUUCUGGUCAUCACAUUCAUGGGCUUCGGCCUGGUCUCGAUCCCGCGCAAGCUAUGGCGUCGGGGCGAUCUGGCUUUAGAACUGUCCAAAAUUGAGACCCGCGCCAUGUCCUACAAGGACAAGGCGUACGACUCGGCACUGGAGCUGGCCGACAUUGUGCGCGAAGCGCAUCUCGUGUCAUCCCGCGUCAGCCGCAACGACGACCUGCGCUACUGCGUUGACCGGGUCUUGAAGUACUGCCCCCAGCCGGACUCCAAUGCCGCGGGCAUUGCCAGCAGCAGCAGCAACAGCAACUACGGCAGCAGCAGGCCCGUAGCUCACAACGACACAUUGGCCUCGCGCAUCCCGGCAGAGGUCACUGAGUCGUAUCUGGCAGCGCUGCACAACCGCGUCAAAAAAGCCGUUCUGAAGGAGGAGCGCGACCGCUGGCGGUGGAGCCGGGCCGCCCGUCGUGCCUUUUUUUUGCAAGACGCCAUCGAGUCGCGCAUAAACCCACGCCGGCAGCUUGACUCCAGUCUCCGACCUUGGAGUCAGUGGGGCAUCGCCAAGCGCUCGGCCGCAUGGUGGUGGUAUAUUGCCCUGCGACCCGUUACGUACCGCGCCCUGACCGCUGUUGCCACGGUUCUGAGCAUCAUCAUCCUCUGGUCCGAGCUGACAUUCAAUCUGGACUCGUCGCAGUUCUCAAUGGUGAGUUAUCUCUUGCGCUCCAUGGGCCUAUCUUACUUUGCCAUUGAGGUCAUUAGCAUCGUGAUCAUUGCGUACAUGAGCCUGUGUGCAUACAGCUCGGUGAUGAAGCUGCGCAUAUUCAACAUAUACUCGCUCGAGUCCCACCACCACACCAACGAGCGCAGCCUGCUGUUCUGCGGUGCUUACCUGUGCCGCCUCAUGUUUCCUCUUUGCUACAACUUCCUUAACAUGGCUGGCAGUGGCAGCCUUAGCGGCGACGAUGAGGUGACUGAGUUUUCAAAGUUCAUGGAUCAGAUCGACCUGGUCCCGUACUGGGUGAGCAGUCGAACCGCGCAAUCCCUGUUCUGAUUAUGAUCCCCGCUACCCUGGCAUUUUUCAACGUGCAUGGCCGCGUCAUGGAGUACUUUAGCAUCAACAGGGCGACGCCCAGCGCGCGCUCUGAUAGCGACACAGAGCUUGGCCCGCUUUGUCUGCCGCACGAGGAGGGCCGCAGUCUGCUGCUCGAUGCGCGAAAGGCCGCUGAGCGUC